GCAGGCCAGCCCUAUUCCAGCGGGCUGGGCGGAGCGUGGGCGAGAUGCCCCCAGUUGCUGCAAGGGCUCGCGCCAGCGGGCGAGGGAAGCCGAAGCCGACGGCUGCUGCACAAGCAAGAAGGCUUGGAACACACUCCUGAGAAGCAACAGAGGUGGGGGGCCCCCAGUCACUGAGACCCCAGUCCCACACAGAAGGCUCAUGGAGCCCGGAGCGUGCGGGGUCUUUUUCUGGAGGGCUAGCAGUUUCCUUCUGGACUUGUAGGGCGCCUCCCCAGACUAGCCGCGAUGGCGCAGGGUUUUGCAGUGGGCUUCGACCCACUGGGCCUUGGAGACCUCAGCUCAGGCUCUCUGAGCUCCCUCUCCUCCCGCGGCCACCUGGGCAGCGACUCGGGCUCCGCAACGCGAUACCUGCUGAAGAAGCAGCAGCGGCUGCUGAAUGGGCCCCCCCGCGGAAUCCGAGCCUCCUCGCCCAUGGGCCGCGUCAUCCUCAUCAACUCCCCCAUCGAAGCCAACAGUGAUGAAAGUGACAUCAUCCAUGCAGUCCGGGUGGAGAAGAGUCCAGCAGGCAGACUAGGUUUCAGUGUGCGGGGCGGCUCUGAGCAUGGCCUUGGCAUCUUCGUCAGCAAGGUGGAGGAAGGGAGCAGUGCAGAGCGGGCUGGCCUGUGCGUGGGGGACAAGAUCACAGAAGUGAACGGGCUGAGCCUGGAGAGCACCACCAUGGGCAGCGCUGUGAAAGUGCUGACAGGCAGCAGCCGCCUACACAUGAUGGUGAGGCGCAUGGGCCGAGUGCCGGGCAUCAAAUUCUCCAAGGAGAAGACUACAUGGGUGGACGUGGUGAAUCGGCGGCUGGUAGUGGAGAAGUGCAGCUCGACACCAUCUGACAGUGGCUCAGAGGAUGGCAUGCGGCGCAUUGUCCACCUAUACACCACGUCAGACGAUUUCUGUCUGGGCUUCAACAUCCGCGGGGGCAAGGAGUUUGGCCUGGGCAUCUAUGUGUCCAAAGUGGAUCAUGGUGGGCUGGCCGAGGAGAAUGGCAUCAAAGUGGGGGACCAGGUCCUGGCAGCCAACGGUGUCAGGUUCGACGACAUCAGCCACAGCCAGGCCGUGGAGGUGCUGAAGGGCCAAACGCACAUCAUGUUGACUAUCAAGGAGACUGGCCGGUACCCCGCCUACAAAGAGAUGGUUUCUGAGUACUGUUGGCUGGACCGAUUGAGCCACGGGGUGCUGCAGCAGCUGUCCCCAGCCUCAGAGAGCAGCUCCAGCGUCUCCUCCUAUGCCUCCAGCGCCCCCUACAGCUCGGUUGAGGGCUCGGGCUCUCUGCCCUCCGACCGCCUGGAUGUGGGCCUUGGGCCUGAGGAGCCCGGUUGUCGGGGGCUGGGCUGGGGCAGGGCGGACACCGCCAUGCAGACUGAGCCUGAUGUGGGGAGCCGCGUGGAGACCUGGUGCAGCGUGAGGCCCACCGUCAUCCUCAGGGACACGGCCAUCCGCUCCGACGGACCCCGGCCCACCCGCCGCCUCAAUUCUGCGCUCUCCGAGUCCCCAAAGACUGCUCUGCUGCUGGCCCUGAGCCGACCCCGGCCUCCCAUCACGAGAUCCCAGAGCCACCUGACCUUGUGGGAGGAGAAGAAGCAGCGGAAGAAGGAGAAGUUGGGAUCCUCUGGGGAAAAGGGGGCCCUACAGCGCUCCAAGACGCUGAUGAACCUCUUCUUCAAGGGAGGGCGGCAGGGGCGGCUGACAGGGGAUGCUCCGGGAGAGGCCUGGACGCUGGACGCUGGCAGUCUGGCCAAGCCCCGCCCUCACCUAGACCUGGAGAAAGCAGGAGCAGUGGGGCCUGUACAGAAGUUUGUCACCUGGAGACUGAGACGAGAGCAGGAGAAGUGUCGGGCCCUGCUCUCUGCCAGAUCUGGGAGCCCCUCCCGCCAGCUGCCUGAGGUGGAUGAGCAGGUGCAAGCCUGGGAGAGCCGAAGGCCCCUUAUUCAGGACCUGGCCCGACGAUUGCUGACUGACGACGAGGUUCUGGCGGUCACCCGCCACUGCUCCCGGUACGUGCAUGAGGGCGGCGUGGAGGACCUGGUGAGGCCCCUGCUGGCCAUUCUGGACAGGCCCGCGAAGCUGCUGCUCCUGAGGGACAUCAGGAGUGUGGUGGCCUCCACGGACCUCGGCCGCUUUGAUAGCAUGGUGAUGCCCGUGGAGCUGGAGGCUUUUGAGGCCCUCAAGGGCCAGGCAGUGCGGCCUCCUGCCUUGCGACCAGCCCGGCAGGACACACCACCCAAGCGUCACCUGGUCACACCUGUGCCUGACAGUCGUGGAGGUUUCUACCUGCUGCCUGUGAACGGCUUCUCAGAGGAGGAAGAGGAUGGGAAACUGAGGGAGCGGCUGGGGGGCCUCCAGCUCUCCCUGGGUGCCUCUGCUCCCCACCACGCUCAUAAAGGGAUACCCCCUCUCCAAGACGUGCCAGUAGAUGCCUUCACCCCACACCGAAGCACCUGCACCCCCCGUCCCCAGCCACCCCCUGUCGCUACCCGGCCCCCAAGGCCUAACUGGCUGCUGACAGAACCCCUGACCCCAGAGGACCCUCGGCAGAGCCAGGGCCAGGGCCAGGGCCCUGCCCAGAGCCGCAGCCGCAGCCACAGCCGCAGCCGCAGUCGUAGCCGGGGCCGGGGCAAGUCCCCAGGACGCAGGCACUCCCCAUCCCCAGCACCUGUCCCCACCCCGAGCACAGCCAGUGGGCGCUACCACAAGCCUCGGAAGGCCAGGCCCCCUCUGCCACGACCUGUGGCAGGACAGGUGGCCAAGGCGGGAGGCCAUCAAGGCCCUUCUGAGAACGUAACUGGCGGGACAGCCAGGAAGGUAGCCGAGAAGGCCCCUGGCGGGGAGCUGAGGACAGUCACACUGUCCAAGAUGAAACAGUCCUUGGGCAUCAGCAUUUCUGGGGGCAUUGAGUCCAAGGUGCAGCCCAUGGUGAAGAUAGAAAAGAUCUUCCCUGGGGGGGCUGCCUUCCUCAGUGGGGCCCUGCAGGCUGGCUUCGAGCUUGUGGCAGUGGAUGGAGAGAGCCUGGAGCAGCUAUCACUGAGGCUCCGUCCUUUCCAGAUAAACUUGAUGUCAAGGACAAGGUGCUACUGGAUAGCUUGUGUCACCUGCUCACUGCCCCCCACCUCCCAGGGCAGGGAGACGUUGGAAGAAAGCCAAGGUCUGGAGCCUGGGAUUGGUGGACACUUUCUCAUGUCCCCUAUAGUGCCCCUAAGCACUGAGGGACAUGGGCUCUCAGAUAGGGCCUUGAGGGGUCACUGUAUCCAUCCCCCAGCCCCAAGCAACGUUCUGUGCAAGGAACAGGAUGGAAGUCUUUUCUAGUUUCUCAAACCCUGAGACAAUUUCAUGUCAUGGUCCACUAGGACCUCACACUUUCUACUGGAUUUAUCCUUCCCCCAUCACUCUUUAUCUCCCCAUGACCUCUAUGAGGGAUAAGGGAAUAUCCAGGGAAUAUGAGGAGUUAAGGAUAGGGAAGGUCAAAGCAGUUCCCAUAGUCUUUACCUAGCACACUCAUCUUUUUUUAAAAACAAAAAAAUUUUUUAAUUUUUUUCCUUUGGGUUUGUACAAGAAAUUUACAGUGUGGAAAAAUAUACAAGUGAAAAUGAGGCCAUAAACCUGGGUGUGGGGAGGGGCCACUUGGUCACAAACACAAAUAAACAAGACAAUUUUGAGUU